UACCCUCAUUCAUUGGCCCACCCCCUUCCCGGAGCGUGCGCAGUGUCGUCGGCUGUACGGGGCAGAUCGCGGGACUCGCUAAUAUGCUGGACAAGAAACACUCCGUGCGCUCCAAUGACCCCUCCCAGAGGCGGGUGUUGGACUCCGCCACCCGCCAGCGCCGCCUCAACCGUCAGCUGGAAGCUUUGGAAAAGGACAAUUUCCAGGAUGACCCCCACGCCAACCUGCCGCAGCUCAAGCGCCUCCCGCAGUUCGAUGACGACACAGAGACCGGCAAGAAAAGGAAGAAAACGCGAGGAGAUCAUUUUAAGCUGCGAUUCCGGAAGAAUUUCCAGGCUCUUCUGGAGGAACAGGUCAGUAAUCUGAGCACAAGUGAAGGACCCAAUUACCUGACGGCCUGUGCGGCUUCAUCCAGCUUCCCCCAGCGCCAUUUCUGUACUGUGUGCGGAUUUCCCUCCAAUUAUUGCUGCGUGUCGUGCGGAGCGCGGUAUUGCUGCGUCAAGUGUCUGGGCACCCAUCAGGAGACCAGGUGUCUGAAGUGGACGGUAUGAGAUCUCCCUCCGCUGUGCGCUGUAAUUAUUGUAAAUAUCUGCUUUGUAAUGAUAAUUCUGUACAUUUUUUUUUUUUUAUGUCAAUGGUUGCUGAAAAAUAAAACAUGUUCUCUUA